GGCUCCCACCGCCCAGAGAACGAUCCCACCAGAACUAGUCUGACCGUGGAACGGUGAGGACUGAGGGUCGAUUGGUCUUGAACGGAGCUGUUCGACAUCGCGCGACGGCCCGUGACUGAGCGACUGAAGAAUCGAGGAAGAAACUUCACAGAAAAGUCGAGCGGAUCAGCAGGAUUUCCACGGCCAAAGAUUCACCCGCUCUUCCGGGAUACCGUACGGAGAAGAACUGCAGGCAGCUCUACGUCCGUGGGUGUCACAUUCGCUGAAACGGAGAGGCACGCGCGGGUACGUACUUCGAAUUGGAAAACGAAGGCUCCCGAGAAUCCACUUGCCACGACUACGCGUGCGACUACGGUGGAGACACAACAAGUACCCGAGAUGCUGGUAGCCUCGAUUUGUCACGAGAUCUACUACACGGUGUUGCCCAGCACGACUAUGACCUCGCGGGUACCACGCUGCCUCUUCGGUCGGCCGAACUCGCGGGAGACCAUAGAGAUGCUCCAGGAGGCGCUGGAUGCGGACAGGCGCAAAUUCGCUAGAAGAUGGGGGGUGGAUCCUUGUUCCGAGGAUAAGGAGAAUAAUUAUCAGAGGCGGAACAACGAGAGGAGCGACCGGUCGCCCGGCAAAAAGCGGAGUAAUCCGUAUUCAAGGCAGACCAGCAUUCACGAUUAUUGGCGAGCACGAAAAGUGUGCGACGUGAACAAGAAGCCGCUGACGGCCACGGUAGACGUAUCGAAGCAAAAUGUGGAAUCGUCGAAAACAACGAAGGCGACCACCACGACAACGACAACGACGACAAUAACGAAGACCACGUAGAAGACGACGUUGAACUGAUUCGUAUAUUCUGUCGCACAGACCCCGUGCAUACACAUGCGGUUUUCUCUUGUUUUGCUGCGGUGGCAAAAAAAACCGCCAUGUUAACUUAAAUAUGCCGGGCGGCAAAAAAAUCAACUCAAAAGCAGUUUAAAACUUAAAAAAUUAAUAUAUAUUUUACAUUUAGCUGACUCUAUUAAAAUAUUAUUUAAAUAUUAUUUAAAUACGAUUUUUAAAAUUAUAAUGGACUUACUGCAAGAUAAUGAUUGCCAAGUAAUAUGAAAUGUGCGCAUAAAUUCUCAGGCGCGGGGUUUUAACGAUCGUUUGCGUAAAUCGGACUUCGUCUGCGCUACCGAAAUUUGUAUAUUUAUUCCCUGGUCUUUCGAGCAUCAUAUAUUAUCAAUCGAUCAAUUAUUGAAAUAAUCCUCUUUAGAAUUAAUCGCGACAGACGUAUUAAUUAAUUUUUGUAAAUAAUUUGUGAUUUAUGGAGGUUUGGAUGGACUCAGCACCGUGAGAAUCGCGAUUGACAACUAAAAUGCUUGAAUGAUCGAUAAACCAUUAUGUCAAUUUAAAGCAAUUUACUGACAUGGUUUUUAACGAGCUCUAUAUAUUGAAAACUUCUCACAGCGGCGACGAUCCAUCGAAAGCCUGAAACGGUUGGUUCCAGUGACGAAGCCAACGAUGCAGCGCCUCCAAAGACUAAUUGAUUACAAACAUCAAUUCGCAACUCCGCACUCUCGUCGCGUGAGAGACAGGAGAAUGUCCUAUGUAUAUGUCGUCUUAGGAUUAAGAGAGAAAGUUCUCUAGUCAUCUAGUCACUUAAGCUAGUAAUAAACUAUUGUGCUUUCAUUCUUA